CUUCUCGUUCUCCGCAUCCUCCCCAAACAACCUACAGGAGGCGGAGGAGGAGGUGAUGGAGGGCCGGGACCUGCUGCCUGUCUGCCGGGGAGGAUCCGCCUGAGCCACCGGCCAAUAAACGGAGAGAAUACCCCCCUAAUCCCCCUGUAGCCCCGCUGCGGGGUCUCACUCUGCGGUGCUGCACGGGUCCCGCAGCUCUCCGUCCUGCAUGGCCUCUGUGGCCGUGGGGUUUUGGGGUUCUGCCGCCUGCUGCUCGCACUCCAAGUUCUCUAGAACCGGCAGCCUGAAGCGGGGACGAGGCUGCUCGCCACCUUCCAUGUCGUCUGGUCGGAGAUGUUCGGGCGUGUCCGGUCUCGCCGGCGGGGCGGUGUCCCCGGGGCCCGUGGUGCCGGAGGUGGAGCUGGGCGGGGCCUCCGGGGAGGCAAAGAGGGAGCUGUUCGAGGCCUGUCGGAGCGGAGACCUGGAGCAAGUUCGUAAACUGAUGACAGCGGAGAACGUGAACAGCCGGGACACAGCAGGCAGGAAGUCCACCCCGCUGCACUUUGCUGCAGGUUUCGGCCGUAAAGACGUUGUUGAGUUCCUCCUCCAGAACGGAGCCAACGUUCACGCCAGAGACGACGGAGGGCUCAUAUCGCUCCACAACGCCUGCUCCUUCGGCCACGCCGAGGUGGUGAGUCUGUUGCUUCAGCACGGGGCGGACGCCAACGCCAGAGACAACUGGAACUACACUCCGCUGCACGAGGCGGCUAUUAAGGGCAAGAUCGACGUGUGUAUAGUGUUGCUGCAGAAUGGCGCCGAGCUGACCAUCAGGAACACGGACGGACGGACCGCUCUGGAUCUGGCAGAACCGUCCGCCAAAGCGGUUCUGACAGGUGAAUACAGGAAAGAUGAGCUUCUGGAAAGUGCAAGGAGUGGGAACGGAGAGAAGCUGAUGGCUCUGCUGACUCCGCUCAACGUCAACUGUCACGCCAGCGACGGACGAAAGUCGACUCCGUUACACCUGGCAGCCGGAUACAACCGCGUCAAGACCGUCCAGCUGCUGCUGCAGCACGGGGCUGAUGUCCACGCCAAGGACAAGGGGGAUCUGGUUCCUCUUCAUAACGCCUGUUCAUACGGUCACUAUGAGGUCACUGAGCUGCUGGUGAAGCAUGGUGCCUGUGUUAACGCCAUGGACCUGUGGCAGUUCACUCCUCUUCAUGAAGCCGCCUCCAAGAACCGUGCUGAGGUGUGUUCUCUCCUGCUGAGCUAUGGAGCCGACCCAAACUUCCUCAACUGUCACAAUAAAAGCUCUGUGGACCUCGCUCCCACAGCGCAGCUCAAAGAGCGACUGGCCUACGAGUUCAGAGGUUUCAGCCUGCUGCAGGCGUCCAGAGAGGCCGACCUGCUGCGAGUCAAGAAGCAUCUGAGCCUGGAGACCGUCAGCUUCAAACACCCUCACACCCAGGAGACCGCUCUGCACUGUGCGUCUGCCUCUCCGUACCCGAAGAGGAAACAAGUGUGUGAACUUCUGCUGAGGAAGGGCGCCAACGUCAACCACAAGACCAAAGACCUGCUGACGGCGCUCCACGUGGCGUCGGAGAAAGCCCACAAUGAUGUCAUCGAGGUGCUGGUCAAACACGAAGCCAAGGUGAACAUGGUGGAUCACCUCGGCCAGACGGCGCUGCACCGAGCGGCUCACUGCGGACACCUGCAGACCUGCAGGCUGCUGCUGAGCGCCGGCUGUGACCCGCUGCUGCCCUCGCUGCAGGGACUCUCCCCGUCACAGCUCGGCAACGAGAGCGUGCAGGAGGUCCUGCAAGCAGAGGGAGUUCUGAUUGGAAACUCUGAGGUCGACCGACAGCUGCUGGAAGCCUCCAAAACAGGAGAUCUGGAAGUUGUCAAGAAGCUCUGCACGAUGCAGAACGUGAACUGUCGGGACGUGGAGGGUCGACAGUCGACGCCGCUGCACUUCGCCGCCGGCUACAACCGGCUGUCCAUCGUCCAGUUCCUGCUGCAGCACGGCGCUGACGUGCACGCCAAGGAUAAAGGAGGUCUGGUUCCGCUCCACAACGCCUGCUCCUACGGUCACUACGAGGUGGCAGAGCUGCUGGUCAUUCACGGCGCCGUGGUCAACGUGGCCGACCUCUGGAAGUUCACGCCGCUGCACGAAGCUGCCGCCAAGGGAAAAUAUGACAUCUGUAAACUCCUGCUGCAGCACGGCGCCGACCCGACCCGGAAGAACCGUGACGGUAACACGCCUCUGGAUCUGGUGAAGGACGCCGACACGGACAUCCAGGACCUGCUGCGAGGAGACGCCGCCCUGCUGGACGCCGCCAAGAAAGGCUGCCUGGCCCGCGUGAAGAAACUCUGCAACCAGGACAACGUCAACUGUAGAGACACCCAGGGGAGACACUCCACCCCGCUGCACCUGGCCGCGGGCUACAACAACCUGGAGGUGGCUGAGUUCCUGCUGCAGCACGGAGCUGAAGUCAACUCUCAAGAUAAAGGAGGACUGAUUCCUCUGCACAACGCUGCCUCCUAUGGGCACGUGGACGUGGCUGCGCUGCUCAUCAAGUACGACGCGUGCGUCAACGCCACGGACAAAUGGUCGUUCACGGCGCUGCACGAGGCGGCUCAGAAGGGACGCACGCAGCUCUGCGCCCUGCUGCUGGCCCACGGCGCCGACCCCAACCUCAGGAACCAGGAGGGCCAGUCCUCUCUGGACCUGGUGACGGCUGAUGAUGUGCGUGCGUUGCUAACGGCAGCCAUGCCUCCCUCUGCUCUCCCCGGCUGUUAUAAACCUCAUCAGGUCAUCAGCGUGGCGACCUCCUCUUCCUCCUCUUCCUCCUCUUCCUCUGCUGCUCCACCUGUCGCUGUUGUCCCACCACUCCUCUCUUCCUCCUCCUCUUCCUCCUCCUCUUCCUCCGCUGACAUCCCAGCAGCAGCUUCGACCGUCAGCAACACCGGCGCUGCAUCUGACGAUUCAAACUCUUCGUCUUCUCUGCCGCCGCCAUCAUCUUCAUCAUCCUCGGCGUUUCCAGAGACGUCAGUGGCCGAGAGCUCGUCUGCUGCUGAGAAUAAAGAGGAAGUUCCAGGAGUUGAGUUCAGUAUCUGUCAGUUCUUGAAGAACCUUGGUCUGGAGCAUCUUCUGGAGAUCUUCGACAGAGAGCAGAUCACUGUGGAUGUGUUGGUGGAGAUGGGUCACUGCGAGCUGAAGGAGAUCGGCAUCAACGCCUACGGACACAGACACAAGAUCAUCAAAGGAGUGGAGAGGCUCAUCAGCGGGCCACAGAGUCUGAACCCCUAUCUGACGUUGAACACAGCGAACAGCGGGACGAUCUUGAUCGACCUCGCAGCAGACGACAAAGAGUUCCAGUCGGUGGAGGAGGAGAUGCAGAGUACGAUCAGAGAGCACCGAGACGGCGGCCACGCCGGAGGAAUUUUCAACAGAUACAACCUGGUCAAGAUCCAAAAGGUCUGCAACAAGAAGCUGUGGGAGCGCUACACCCACCGCAGGAAGGAGGUUUCAGAGGAAAACCACAACCACUCCAACGAACGCAUGCUCUUCCAUGGCUCUCCGUUCGUCAACGCCAUCAUCCACAAAGGUUUCGACGAGCGCCACGCCUACAUUGGCGGGAUGUUCGGCGCUGGGAUCUACUUCGCUGAGAACUCGUCAAAGAGCAACCAGUACGUUCACGGGAUCGGAGGAGGGACCGGCUGCCCGCUGCACAAAGACCGCUCCUGCUACGUCUGCCAGAGGCACCUGUUGUUCUGCAGAGUGACUCUGGGGAAGUCCUUCCUGCAGUUCAGUGCUAUGAAGAUGGCUCACUCUCCACCAGGUCACCACUCGGUCACCGGCCGGCCGAGCGUCAACGGCCUCGCGCUCGCCGAGUACGUCAUCUACAGAGGAGAGCAGGCCUACCCGGAGUACCUGAUCACCUACCAGAUCAUGAAGCCAGAAGAGCCGGCGGACGGAUGAGGAGAAAAGAUGAAGAAAAGAUGGAGAAAUGCAGAAGAGGAGUGCUCACCUUUAUCCAGUCAGCUGAGCCUUUGAGUUACUAACUGCAUGCACAACUUUAUUUAUACAAUGUAUAAACAUUUUUUAUCCGAUGCCUGUUUUUUUUUUUUCUAUCCUUUGUUUAAUGCACUUUAUUAACGAUGGUUUGUAUCAUGAUGUGACGUGACGUGACUGUUAAUUUCUUUGUCGUCCGGUGAUUCAGGGUGGCGACUUUUAGAAAGAAUGUGUCACUUUUAUCACAUCAGUGUCGCGCCGCACAUAUCUGGAAGCUUUUCAAAUGUUGUUUCUAGUAUGCACAAAAAAAUGAUUUUCUGUAAAUUUACCCAGGAGUUUCUCGCAACGUGUACUUUUUGUAACCCUCUGGAGGCGAAGAUCAUGCCGGCGUGAUCACAUCACAUAACCCCUUCAUGACGUCACGCCAUUAAAACAGCAGCGUGGAUCCCAAAAAACAGAAAACAGAGGAUUAAUGUUCUGUUAGUUAGAUUAUUUCCAUUGCAGCACAUAGAGAGUCCGGUGACUAAUGGUGCGUUCAAGGUCUACACGAAUGUCAGAAUUUCCGACGUUGUUCCGAGCUACAAAGUUCCGACUUUCAGUGUUAAUUGAACACACCAUAAAGCGCUAGGGUAAGAUUCAAAGUAAAUCAAACACAUGUAGCCUUCAAAAUAAGAGCACAUGGAUGUGUUAGCAGAGUCCACCACAGAAUUUGGAAGAA